UAGCAGACGAAGAAAAAACCGGAAGUAAACGAAGAAGAAGAAACAGCAGCAGCUAUACCAUUUGUAUGAGAAAUGGAUCAGAAAAUUCCUUAUGAUGACUAUCAACUGCCAGUUGUGUUUCUGCCUUCCUAUGAAAAUCCUCCUGCAUGGAUUCCUCCUCAGGAUAGGAUAAAUCACCCUGAUUAUAACAAUGAGCUUACCCAGUUCUUGCCACGCACCAUCAUCUUAAAGAAGCCUCCUGGAGCACAGCUGGGCUUCAAUAUCAGAGGAGGAAAAGCUUCCCAGCUUGGUAUCUUUAUCUCAAAGGUGGUGCCGGAUUCUGAUGCGCACAGGGCAGGACUUCAGGAAGGAGAUCAGGUGCUAUCAGUUAAUGAAGUAGACUUUCAGGAUAUAGAACACUCAAAGGCUGUGGAGAUUUUGAAGACAGCCAGGGAGAUUGUGAUGAGAGUGCGCUAUUUCCCUUACAAUUACCAGAGACAGAAGGAGAGGACAGUACACUAGGUGGCAGAUACAUACUGAAGAUUGACUGAGUAGAUUACUGAGGCGCUGGUGAACAUGCAGUGCACCAUCAGCAUCCCAGCUGCUUUCUUUUCCUAAUGCUGCAUUCAUUUUAUGUGCUAUCAGAGGUAUGAACACAGAGUGUAUACCUGGGGAAAAUCACAAGAAUUUACACAACUUAUGUUUUGCCAACCUGUUUUUGAGAGUCUUCAUGCUGACACUUCCUCACAUCUUGUAGUGCAAAUAUAUCGUUUCUGUUACAGUCCCAUGCAGGCAAGAAACUAUAUUUCAUACAGGAAAGAACAAUACCAGAAGGAUGCACAGGUUGUGAUUCUGGCACUGUCUGAAACAACUAAUGCAACUACACUAUAUGGCCAAAAGUUUGUGGACACCUGAGCAUCACACCCUUAUGCAGGCCUUCCCCAAACUGUUGCCCUGAAGUUUGAAGCACACAAUUUUAUCUGCUCUCUUUGUAUUCUGUAGCAUUAUAAAGUAAAUUCUCUUCAUUGGAUCUACUGUAAGAGACCUAGUCCAAACAUGUUCCAGUAUGACACUGCCCCUGUGCACACGGCGAGGUCCAUAAAGACAUGGUUUGCCAAGGUUGAUGUGCAACAGCUGGAGUGGCCUGCACAGAACCCUGACCUCAAUUCCACUGAACACCUUUGGGAUAAACUGCAAAACAGACUUCUCACUCAACAUUGGUGCCAGAUAUCAGUAAUUCUCUGGUGGCUGACACAAAUCCCCACAGCCAUACUCCAAAAUGGUGUGGAAAGCCUUUAAAGUAGCAAACAGAGAAUCAACUCUAUAUUACUUUCCAUGGCGUUGAAUGGGAUGUUCAGCAAGCACGCAGUGGUCAGGUGUUUACAUACAUUUGGCCUUAUAAUAUUCUUGUAUUAUACAGCCCCCUUUGAAAUUACUGUUUUGUUUUGGGGUUUUUUGCUAUAUACUAAAGGUAUAUUUGGGUUUGAAAGCAAGAGAUAAAUAUGAGACAAUAGAACAGAAUUUCAGCUUUCAUUUCCUGAUGUUUACAUGUAGAUGUGUUAAAUAGCUUAGAACAUGGCACCCUUUGGUGGCAGACCACCUUUUUCCUUUUUUUUUCCCUCCCUUUUUUUUUAGGUGAGCAAUAUUAUUGGGACAGACAGUCUUAAAAUCGCUUAAUCUUUGGUUGUAUAUUCCUUGCUUGCAAUAACUGCAUCAAGCUGGCAACCCACUGACUUCACCAAACUGUUGCAUUUUCCCCAUUAUUUGCUUAGAGGCUGCAGAAAUGAAAGACUGUCUGCCCCAGUAAUUUUGGGGAAGCCAUGACCUAAUGGUUAGAGAAGCAGCUUUAGGACCAAAAGGUUGCCGGUUUGAUUCCCUGGACCAGCAGAAAUGGCUGAAGUGCCCUUGAGCAAGGUACCUAACCCCCAAUUGCUCCCCAAGCUGUUUUUGGGGUGUUGUACGUUGCUUUGGAAAAGUGUCUGCUAAAUGCCUGUAAUGUAAUGUAAAGACCAGACAAAAAAGAUGCAAGAAAGGAAAAAAAAAGCAAUACUCAGUGAUCAUAUAAAUGUAAAAAGACAUUAAAACCCCAUCAUUCCUCAGCUGCUGGCGAAACAGGCAGACACUGACAUGGACACAGCAACCAUUGAUGGGCACACACCACCAGACCCACUAGCAUUUUUUUUUUUUUUCCCCAGGCUUUUAUCACAGCUUCUUGAAGGGUUGUGUGUUUUUUUUUUUGUUUGUUUGUUUGUUUUUGUUUUUUUUUUGGUUGGGGUGGUUGGUUUCUCCCUUCGGUCUCCUUCAGGAGGUGAAAUGUAUGUUCAGCUGAGUGAAGGUCUGGUGAUUGACUAUCCCAUUCUGAAACCUUCCACUUUUUUCCCCUGAUGAAGUCCUUUGUUUCCUUUGUUGUGUUGCCAUUGUGUUUUGGGUCAUUUGUAUUGUGCAUGAUAAAGUUCCUCCAAAUUAAAUUUGAUGCAUUGCUCUGUAAA